UGGGCCUUUAAGAAUUAUGGAUAAAUCAAUACCAUAUAAAGCCAUCAAUAGAUAACAUAAAACAGAGUAUAUAAUAUUUGAGCCUCGUUCUGAGAAAACGGCGUUCAACACAUGUGCGUAAAGUGUCGUCUCAGAUUAGCAUUGGUUUAUCAAGGACGGCAAAGGUGUCAUGGUCGAAUUAGAUGCUUUAUGUUUCUUCACUGCAACAUUAUAAUUACCUCCCUUAGUUCAACAUUUGCCAAGUAAAUAGUAUGGAGAUGUUAAUUUUAAUUACACGCUGCUUCACAGAAGAAAGGCUUGUCCGCAUAUGCGCCUUACUUCCUGUGCGAUGACUUCAGGGUGCUCAACAACAUGUCUUGGUGGUACGGCUGGGAAGACGCCUUGAACCUAUAUAACCAGUACGUCACCAGCAAAUGCCCAAUACCGCAGGCUCACAUGCCAGAGUUUGUCCCAAUGAUCUGGAGCAUGCAUAGCAACAACGUCUCCAGGUGGAUCCACAUACCUAGCAACUCGAAAUACGUGCUUGGUUUCAACGAACCGGAUGUGCACGAUCAGGCGAACAUGACUCCACAGGAAGCAGCAGCUUACUGGCCCCUUAUUGAGCAAGCUGCUGGAGGCAUACCACUCGUGGCCCCAGCUCCGGCGGCCCAGAAUUUCCAUUGGCUAGAUCAAUUUUUGCAUUUAUGCCACAAUUGUCGCAUUGACUACCUAGCUGCGCAUGCGUACAGUUGUAACGCAGACGAGAUAAUGGCGUAUCUACAGAAGCUCUACAAUCGCUACCACAAGCAAAUUUGGUUGACGGAGUUCGGCUGCCCCUAUAUGGCAGACGAGGAUUCGCAGCUGCGUCUGAUGCAGGCGUUACUUCCUAUGUUGGAGGCGGCAAACUAUGUUUUCAGAUACUCGUGGUUCAUGGCUCGGGUAAAGGACGAUGCUGUGGGCGGGUUCGUGCGCACGUCCAUUAGUCUUCUUUUCCGAGAGUCUCCUACCCUGACGCGUCUCGGACAUUUCUAUAACGAGUUCCAGCCCGGACACGGCAGCGUUCCCGUCGGUUAACAGCGUCCACUUUUGUUGUGAUUUAUAAUAUAACGAUUAUACUUUAUUUACUACUCUGUCUUUACAUCGAAAUGUAAUUUGACACAUGCAGCUUGCGUUUACCAAAUUCUCAUUAGUUAUCGUUUUGUUUGUUCACAACCAUUUCUAAAGCAGCAACUUAACUAAUAACACUGUUUUCUGUAUUUGCUCGUUACACAGUGUGCACAUAGUAUGCACACAGUAUGCACAAAGUAUGUACAAAACAUUCAGACAGACGAAAUGUCGCACUCGAUAUCGAUCGGGUCCAAUACAAAAAAACGUCCACCCUUGUGAAUAUAUAAUAUAAUUAUUUGUUUAAAUAACCAAUGCAUAUAUUAUUUCCAUGCCAUCGUAUUUCUAUUAUAACGAUAUUUGUUUUGCGUAUUUGAUGAGUAGUAUAAACUGUGUGUGAAAAGUCCGUUGCGAUGAAUUUUCUGUACCGGUAUUAUGUAUGUACUUCCUUGUCAGAAACGUACGUUUUCGGCGCUUCGUUGUUCAUUAUCGAAACAAAACGCCGCUAACGUAGUAAGACCGCUGUCGAGAAAAAAACACUGAGUUUAGUAUAUAAUUAACAAUAUUUUGAUUAAAUUUAUUGUUGAAUGAACUUCAAUUUCAAAGUCUAUUAAUGCCUUGUUUGAGUGUAAUGAUAAUCGUCUUAAGAUAUUGGUCCAGUCCAUUGUAAUUUGACCAGAUUGUUGUAUCUUUUGCAAAUUCUUAUUUAUUCAUAGCUUUUAAUUUAAAAACACAACUUAUAUGACACACUAUACAAAUAAUGCCCAUGUUAUGAACAAUUAAAAACUAUUUAUUCAAAUUAACUAGUGUUAAUCAGAUUUGAGUGUUUCCUUACACAAAUAACAGUAAAGAAGUCGUACGGCAACUGGUUGUCUUUGAGGUACAUAAAAAAAAUUGAUGACAACUUUAAAAGAUCAAUUAAAGCCAUCAAUUUAAUCAACGGUUUCAGUAUUUGAUAGUUAUAUAAUCAUAACCUAAUUUAAAAGUUUGUUAUGUUCGAUUUUUUAGUUGAUCUGUGAUUUAAUUUUAUUUAUCACAGUGCACUAAGACUGAAUGAGGACGCCAUUUUUGUUCCUUGACGCUUUGUUACUAUUAUUAUCAACUUAGUUGUGAACAUUAUAAUAAAAUGUGUUAUUAAUAAAUUAAAUCAUAUAGUGAAGUGUUAAAUCUCACAAGUCAUAAACAUGCAAUUAUAAAUAAUCUUUUUGACAGUUAUUAUAUUAAGUCAGCAUAACUACAAUACCAUUUUUACCGAAGCAAAUAUCCUAUUGUGGU